UGUAUUAUCUGUAAAUAUUUGGGUCAUCCGAGUGUGGAGCUUAUACUGGAUGCCUGCAACCAACAAUACAGUCAGUGAACUACGUUAAAUACCUACACAGGAGACGCCCAGACGUACAGAAGGAAUAAGACUUGCUUGAUAAAAGUGACUACCAGGAGGUUGCACCAUGAAGACCAUCAUCACCUCCCAGUCCAUCACCAUUCCUAAGAAUGUGUCGGUCAAGGUGGCCAAGCGGGUGGUCAUUGUUAAGGGCCCCAGGGGCACCCUCCGACGCUCCUUCAAGGACAUGAAGCUCGACAUGAAGACCAAGAAGGUGAAGAAGGGCACCAUUGUCACCGUCAACAAAUGGUUCGGCAACCGCAAGGAGGUGGCAGCUGUCCGCACUGUGUGCUCCCAUAUCUCCAACAUGGUGACUGGUGUGACUGUGGGCUUCAGGUACAAGAUGCGUGCUGUGUAUGCUCAUUUCCCCAUCAACUGUGUCAUCUCCAAUAACAACAAGACCGUGGAGAUCCGUAACUUCCUCGGUGAGAAGUACAUCCGCAAGGUUGAGAUGGCUUCUGGUGUCACCAUCGCUGCUUCCUCCAAGAUGAAGGACGAGUUUGUCAUUGAGGGCAAUGAUGUGGAGGCUGUGUCUCAGACGUCUGCACGCAUCCAGCAGAGUACGACUGUCAAGAGGAAGGAUAUCCGUAAAUUCUUGGAUGGUGUGUAUGUGUCUGAGAAGGGCAAUGUAGUUGAAGAAGAGUAAAGGAUACCUGCUGUA